AUGGAGUCCGGGGACGAUUCCAAGAUGACUGCUCUUCUUCUGGAGCCCAUUCUCAGAGGAGGGGACACCAUGAGCAGGUCCAAGUGGUCCUUCCUGAUCCUCGUCGUCUUCUUCUCCGCUUACAGGCCAGUAGCCGGCGGCACGCUGACAGAUCUGGAGUUCGAGCGGAGCCCCAAAACCAUCAUCUCCUCGCUGGGCAAACCUAUCACAAUGCACUGCACCCUGAAGGGCACGGGGGGCGAGGAAGAGGACCCCCCCGACGUGCUCUGGCUGAGGGAUGCUGUGCCGCUCCAGUACGCCGACACCAACCAGUUUCAAGUCCACACCGGCGGCAACAGCUGGACGAUCAUGAGCACGCUCAGUAUUGAGAAGGUCCAGCUCCCCGACAUGGGCGUCUAUCGAUGUGCUGUUCUAUCCGAAAGCCACCAGACCAUGUCUGAGGAGGGGAGCCUUCAGCUGGAGGGCCUUCCUCAUUUCUCCGUGGAGCCCCAGCACAUGUCGAUAGUGGCCAACGUCUCCCUGAGCCUGAGCUGUGUGGCCCACGGACCUCCAGAGCCGGUCAGAGUCAUCUGGCUGCAGGACGGCGCUCCUCUCAACUCCCUGAAGGACGCGAUGGCUCUGUCGCCCUCCACGAUCAACCUCACAGGUUUGAACCGGACCAGCACCUUUUCUUGUGAGGCCCAUAACCGCAAAGGAGUGGCCACCUCUGGAUCUGGAACCAUCACUGUUCUCCCGUCCCAGCCUCAGAACCUGAGAGCCGUGGAGAUCACACCGACCAGUCUCCGUUUAGCAUGGCAGCCCGCUUUUGGAGGCGACUACCCGAUAAUCCGCUGCACUGUUCAGGCCAAACAUUCGGUGGAGUCCUCCACGGCAGGCCCAGAUAAGAUGAUCCACAACCAGAAUGUGAACGUCCCACCAGCCACGCACUUCAUCGGGGAGCUGGAGCCCCACAGCCUCUACGCUGUCAGGGUGGCCUGCCACAGCAGCCAGGGCCCGUCUGACUGGUCGCCCUGGGUGGAGCUACGCACCAAAGAAGGAGUGCCAGAGAACCCACCGGUCAACGUGAGCGCGGCGCUGAACGGGACAGAGGUGCUGUUGACGUGGGAGGGGCCUCCGGGGAGGCUGAAUGGAGAACUCCAGGGCUACCUGGUGGAGUACAGCACACCUGCCACACAUCAGCUUACUGUGGACACCGCCCUGGACACCGAGCUGUCAAUCAACCUGUCCGUCCCCCUUUCCAAUGUGUCUAUUCGAGUGUGCGCCUAUACAGGGGCAGGGCAAGGACCCUGGACCCCCACACAGACCCUGACUCUUAUUGCACCCGAAAUGGAGGAAUUUAGAGGUCCGUCAUCGCCCCCGGCCUUUUCCUGGCACUGGUGGUAUGUGGUGAUGGCCGUCGCCGGCGCCAUGUCCAUAGCUGUGCUCAUGGGUGUUUACGUGGCCAAGCUGCGGCGCAAGGAGACGCGAUUUGGGGAGGCGUUCGAGCCCAUGAUGGAGAGCGGAGAGCUGGUGGUCAGGUACCGCGCUCGCCGCACCUACAGCCGAAGGACCACGGAAGCGACACUGAACAGCCUGGGCAUCAGUGACGAGCUGAAGCAGAAGCUCCAAGAUGUGAUGGUGGACAGACACAAACUAACCCUGGGGAAGACGCUGGGAGAAGGGGAGUUUGGCUCUGUGAUGGAGGGGCUGCUGACUCAGGAGGAGGCUGCUCUCAAAGUUGCUGUGAAGACUAUGAAGAUUGCCAUCUGUACCCGCUCAGAGAUGGAAGACUUUCUCCGCGAGGCCGCCUGCAUGAAAGAGUUUGACCAUCCCAACGUCAUGAGGCUGCUGGGUGUGUGUCUGCAGACUGUGGAGAGUGAAGGUUACCCCUCCCCCGUGGUCAUCCUGCCCUAUAUGAAACACGGAGACCUGCACAGCUAUCUGCUCUACUCAAGGCUGGGAGACUGUCCUGUGUACCUCCCGUCUCAAAUGCUGGUAAAGUUCAUGACCGAUAUUGCCCGAGGGAUGGAGUACCUCAGCAGCAAGAACUUCAUCCACAGAGACCUCGCCGCUCGCAACUGCAUGCUGAACGAGAACAUGAAUGUCUGUGUGGCCGACUUUGGCCUCUCCAAGAAGAUCUACAACGGGGAUUACUACAGGCAGGGCCGGAUCUCAAAGAUGCCCGUCAAAUGGAUCGCGAUCGAAAGCUUGGCUGACCGCGUCUACACCACCAAGAGUGACGUGUGGUCGUUUGGAGUCACCAUGUGGGAGAUCGCCACGCGGGGCCAGACUCCGUACCCCGGCGUGGAAAACAGUGAGAUUUAUGAUUACUUGAGACAAGGAAACCGUCUCAAACAGCCUCCGGACUGUCUGGACAACAUCUACGCCCUGAUGUUCUCCUGCUGGCUGCUGAGCCCCAAGGACCGCCCCUCAUUCGAGUGCAUGCGCUGCGAGCUGGAAAAGGCCCUCGGGGAUCUGCCGGACACUCAGGACCCCGACGAGAUCCUGUACGUCAACAUGGACGAGUCCUCCAUGGAGCUCGGGGCCGUCGGUGGCCGCGACCUCGUCAGCGGGCCUUCCCCUCUCUGCCUGAAGGGCCUGGACUCUGUAACCACCGUGGAGGUCCACCACCCCAACCGUUACGUCCUCUGUCCGCAGCACGAGACCAACCGAGCCCUCUCGGACUCCCUGGAGAGCCUGGACAUGCUGGUGUCGUCCUCCACGGCCACGCUGCCUCUACAACCAUCCUGCCGAUCCACUCCCAACCUCACGCCAGCUCCCACCCCGACCGUGGAGCUGCUGGAGGACAGGGAGGCGUCCAGGAAAAUACUCUGGCAGUGAUGGCUCCACCCUUUUAAAAACAUGACUCGCCAAAGUGUGCGGCCCUUUAACCCCAGUCCAAGAACCGAGAUCCAGCCUCUUGCUACUGACUGUAAGAAACCCUAAUGUGCCCCGACAUACAGAUAUUUGCACAAAUGCACACACAGCCGAAGGCGUUCCAAGGAAGUGAAGGAUCGGGAUUAUUUCCUCUGAAAUUAGCACAUUUUCUAAGUGGGUGAAAAAGUAAAUCCCAGUGGGUGAUCAGGUUUAGAGCACACAUUGUAGCCCACGAACACUGCAGCACAAUCAGAGAAACGCAUUCCCCGUCGCGAUAGCAAUAAACAAGCCGAUCUGCGCGGCUACCCGUGUACAGCAGACCGACCUCCUCCGUGUGAUUAAGCUACAACACGUCCCUGUAAAACCAGCUCGGACACUGCCAUGCUGAACACACUCAGAGGCCUGAAUGCUAAUAUUAUUUUUUUAAAUAAGUAAUAACAAGAGAAUUAAAAGUGACCAACAUUUACUGGUCAAACAAAGAGGGACAGAGGUACUGGUGGAGGUACUGGUCAAACAAAGAGUACGAACAAUCAGAGGCAGGUGGAUGGACUGAUGGACGGUACAGACAUGACGGAGUAACCCCAGUCAAAUGGCAGGAUAAGCUCCACGCCUUUGCUUUUGGUUCAAGCACAGUGUUAUUACACAUUUUGUAAUUUCUUUUUAAUGCUGAUUAUGUUUUGUAUUUCUACAACUUGCACUAAUGUUUUUUUAUAUCUUUGUAUGUUUGUUUGUAAUUUGUAUAUCUUUUAUGCUUUUUUUUCUCCUCCAUUUUAUGUUAUAAAUACUUUCUGUUCAGUCGACCUGUGGACGCCUCUCAUGAAAUCAGUUCACACGGAACAUUCACUUGCAUUUAUUCAGAGAAUAAAACGUCCAGUUCUCCGUAAGUGAGAGAAACGUCUGGGAGGCCGAGGAACGUGAUGAACCUCGUCGCCUGACGUCGUCCUGCCACUCUCUCUUAUUCUGGGCUGUUUGUCUUUCUCCAGGUUUAGCCCUGUACAUAGAUGUUUGUCACCA